CACGACUUCUUCUCCCCUGGCCCACGAGAAUCUGAGCAGCAGAAGCAGCAUGUCCUGGUAAGCAGAAGUCUGUACACUUCAAGACAUGGAGUCAUCCUUCUCCUUUGGUGUGGUCCUUGCUGUCCUGUCUUCCCUCAUCAUUGCUGCAAAUGCAAUAGUGGCCGUGGCCGUGCUGGUGUUGAUCCAUAAAAGCGAUGGUGUGGGUCUCUGCUUCACCUUGAAUUUGGCUGUGGCUGACACCUUGAUCGGCGUGGUUAUCUCUGGCCUAGUCACAGACCAGGUCUCCAGCUCCUCUCGGCCCACCCAGAAGACCCUCUGCAGCCUUCGGAUGGCAUUUGUCACUUCCUCCUCAGCUGCCUCUGUCCUCACAGUCAUGCUGAUUGCCUUUGACAGGUACCUUGCCAUCAAGCAGCCCCUCCGCUACUUCCAGAUUAUGAGUGGGCUCGUGGCUGGGGUCUGCAUUGCCGGGCUGUGGUUGGUGUCUUAUCUCAUUGGAUUCCUCCCACUCGGAGUCUCCAUAUUCCAGCAGCCCACCUAUCAAGGGCCCUGCAGCUUCUUUGCUGUGUUUCACCCUCGCUUCGUGCUGACCCUAUCCUGCGUUGGCUUCUUCCCAGCCCUUCUCCUCUUUGUCUUCUUCUACUGCGACAUGCUCAAGAUUGCCUCCAUGCACAGCCAACAGAUCCGAAAGAUGGAGCGUGUAGGAGCCAUUGUUGGAACUAACCGGCCACCACAGACUCCCAACGACUUCAAGGCUGUCCGCACUGUGGCUGUUCUCAUUGGGAGCUUCACUCUGUCCUGGGCCCCCUUCCUUAUCACUGGCAUUGUGCAGGUGGCCUGCCAGAACUGCCACCUCUAUCUAGUACUGGAACGGUACCUGUGGCUGCUCGGUGUGGGCAACUCCCUGCUCAACCCACUCAUCUAUGCCUAUUGGCAGAAAGAGGUACGGCAGCAGCUUUACCAGAUGGUCCUGGGAGUGAAGAAGGGGCUCACCUCACUCCUCCUCCUUCUCUCUGCCAGGAAUGGUGGCCCCAAGGGGCCCAGGGAAAGUUCCUGCCACAUCAUCACUAUCUCCCAGCCACAGCUUGACAGCUAAGGAGGUGAGAGCAGAGAAGUUUCCCAGUGCCUUUCCCCCACCCCCUUUUCUGGGCCCCAACAAGAUCAGAUGAAGCUAG